AUGUAUAAAUUAAAUACAAUAUAGGGCCACUCCUUCUUUAAUUUUUAGACACCAAUCAAUCACCUUUCAAAAAAGAACUUAUUUUAAACUGCUAUUGAAAUUAAACCAAAAAGAAAGAAUUCUAAUGGUACACUAAUUGUUGCAUAAUCAUUGCCAAGAGAAUUUUGGUUUAGAGACUAUGAUAGAAGUAUAACUAGUAAGAAAUAGAAAAAAGAACAGCAUAAAACAAAUAGACAUUAAAAUCCUAUCUAUUUUUCAAGAAUGGAAUAAUAGAGACAUUUAUUAACUUAUUAACAUCGGCCAUGUACAUCAAGUCCAUCCAAAAAAUGGAAAUAAUGUAGGAAUAUCGUUUUAAAUAAGAAAUCUUAAUUAACUAUGACAUCAAAUCUAAUCAAACAGAAAUUUCAAGAGACUCUGCAUCUAUUAAUUCCAUCAAAAUCUUAGUAGUCUCCUAAAAGUGAUCGAUGCUCUCUUCCUUCCUCUAACAAACUACCCAGCAAUUUAAAUGGGAUUAUAAUUAAGCAAUUAAAGAAACUUAAUCGAUUAGAAUCUGAUAGAACAGAAUACAUACCAAGUUUAUUAUCAAUUGAUAAAUAAAUUAAAGAUAGUAGUAUCAGUUAAAGUAAUGUCAAUAACAAUUCGUUAAUAUAAAACAAAGAUAUAUUUCAAAAACAAUUGACAACCAGAAAUAGAUUUCUUAAGGAUUCCUGUAGAUUGUAUGGGUUAGAUUGGCAUGUAAGAUCUUCAAUAAAAAAACUGGUGUUCUCGGAUUCGAUUCAAUUUUCUGAAUCAUGUGAAACUAAAUGUGAUAAAAUUGAAAAUUCUCCUAAAUCUAUCGAGAAAUCAAAUUAUUAACAAAAUAAUCUACUCAAAUUAAUCAACAAGUAUAAAGAAAAACAAUAAUGUCAAAAAUAAAGAUCAUGUAGUACAUCUCUAAAAAAGAAUAAAAGUAAAUCUUCUAAUAAUAGGGUGAUAAAUGUCUAUUUUCCAUCUCUUAAGAUGAUUACUAAACGCAAUUUCUCAUGA